AUGCAAGUCUCAACCAGUGACCAAUCCUUGUGGUAUGCACCGAAGAGGGUCGUGGAAGUUGAUGGGGGGUUGAGAGGGAACGCCCUGCGGAUCUGGUUGGAGGAGGAGCAUGGUGUAGAUAUGAGCAAGGUUGACCUCCAGAGGAGUCCGUUGGAAGGAUUGGGCGUGUUCGCGAACAGAAGGCUGGAGCCCGGAGAAACGCUCUUCAUGAUCCCCAAGUCAUGCUGUAUCUAUCCAGAGCUCGUCUUUGAGGAUCGUCAGCUCGGUAAGUCGAUGCAGAAGCUUGCAAGCGCUGCAGGGGAAGGAAUCGAAGUCGUCGCACUAGCAACUUUCCUUGCGCGGGAGAAGAUGAAGGGAUCAGAGUCGAGCUACAAGCCUUUCAUCGAUGUUCUGCCUUGGGAUUCUCUUCAUCCUCUUCUGUGGACAGACGAAGAGGUCGAUCUCUUGGAAGGGACCUAUGCUCACAGAGAGAUCCUCGCCUUCCGAGAACAGGUGGAGGUAGCCACAGAGCUGUUCGAGCCUGUCCUCAACCCCAAAGGUUGGAAGCAGUUCUUCCAGACCAUCGAGACGGAAAAGAUGACACCGGAGGAGUUCGGCUUCAUGAUGAGAGGAGCCUUUGCUUCCGUCCUGUCCAGAGCUUUCGACUCUAAGAUAGGAAGGGGCGACAAGGGGCUGGAAGAGAGAGUGGUGAUUCCAUUGCUGGACAUCUUCAACCAUGGGAGCUACGGGCCCUCGAUCACCUUCGACACGGCCCUCGAGAGAGAUAACGAGAAGGGCUUUCCUGUCCGUGUCGCAGACAAGGGCAAGAGCAUCGAGGAAGGUGAAGAGCUCUUCGGCUUCUAUGGCGACAAGCCCAACUGGAACAUGUUGACUACUUACGGCUUUGUUUCGCCCAAUCCUAAGUGCCAAGAAACAACUCUAUCCGUCAGUAUUGAUGAGAAAGACCCGUACUUCGCACAGAAGGAAGAAAUCCUGAAAGCCCGUGGCAUGGUAGCCGUCGAGCAGCUGUUCGACAUCAGACAUGACACAGAUCCGAUGGGCCCUUUGAUUAACUACUUUCGCAUCAGAGAAAUUUCGAAUGAAGCAGAUUUGACGAAGGUGCAGACAAACUAUGGUGAGAUGCUCUCGGAGGGGAACGAGGCAAGAGCCAAAAUCUUCAUGCGCCGAAUUAUCCAGGACAGAAAGGAUUUCAUCGACGACGCUCGAGCGAGAUUGAAGGAGGCCUAUAUGGCUGGGCAAGAGAGCCUUGUCAGGAAGGAAGUUGCGGAUAUCAUCACGGCGAGUAAGUUCACCACCGCAAGCAGGAGCUGA